AUGACGAAUCCAGUUUAUUCAGCGGUUCGCCGCAGGCGUCUGUACGUCGAAGACACCUCCAGUGACGAGAACACGCCGCCAAACGUCAUGUCCUGUAUCUACGAGAGCGAAAUCUCUUCAUCCAGUGACUCCACGUCUGUGGCACCGUCGUGGGCGCCGGACCUGAAGAAACCCCAGUCCGAAAGCAUGCGAAACGCGUCAUCAACGGAUGAGCCACCUCAUCCAACUCCGCCUACACCACGCCAGUACAGAAGCCCAACCAUGUCGUCACCAGUUCUCCUGGAGACGCCGCAGUCAUCUUUGCACCGUCCAAAGCCGACCAGGAAACUGGAUUCUCGCCGUACCGGGCGGUGUGUUCGUCGAGAUGCUGCUGCCCCGUACACUCGUACGCGUUCGGCAAAUAGUGGCGAUCGCCGGCGCUCCAAGUCGCAUGCAUCGCCUGAGUUGGAGAAGCUUCAUUCCUUUCUACGAGCUGCUCAGCCCGACGAUGUCUUCGUCCCCGCGCAAUGGCCAUGGGAUGUGGCCCACCUGCGCGAAAUGUACAACCCACUGGCCACCAUAUUCCCAGCGGUGCAGCAUCACGGGUGGUGCGACUGCUCAAGCCCCUGUCGAGCGGACUCGUGCAGGAAUUCACUGAUGCACAUCUACUGUAACGUGAACUCCUGCCCGUACGAAGGACUGUGUGGAAAUGGUCUUGUGGAAUCUGACAAGGUCUUCUUGGGGAAGAACGCAAGAACACAGAUACUUGGAGUGGUUGCAGCGGAAGACAUCGGACCCGGUGAAGUUCUGAGUCAGUACCUGGGUGAGAUCGAGCACCUCAGCGCCUUGCGCUCGGGGCGGCCGCGAAACCAGGGCUUCCGCCUUGUUCUGACUCAACGACCAGAGCGCCCUAGCCGUCCAAUUCGGGCAGCGAUCAACGCUGGGAAAAUGGGGAGUCUCAUGCGAUUUGUGAAUCAUUCCUGCAGUCCGGUGGCCAAGUUUGUGGAAGUUUCUAAUGGACGUCGAACCACCGUGGUGGUGGUGACUACUCACGUUGUUCGCCGCGGGCAGGAAGUCACUGUGGACUACGGAGACGACUUAUGGUUCAUAUGUCGAUGUGGCUUGGCUAGUUGCCGCCACAGGGACAUUCAAAACGAGGACGAUCCGUAA